UCCUCUCUCCACACACAUACACCCUCCACCUAAGACAAAGAACCAGAGCACAAUGUCUCCAAACAUGACCUGCGUAAACAGCCACUCGUUCUCUCCACGGCUGACCGUGGCUAAGAGAAAGGAAGCGCUGGAGCUCAGAAAGACCAUGAAACCGUUGAUGGAGAAACGCCGGCGCGCUCGCAUCAACGACAGCCUGGAUCACUUGAAGAGCCUUAUCAUCCCCCUUACGGGCAAAGAUAAGUCCCGCUACUCAAAGCUCGAGAAGGCAGACAUCCUCGAGAUGACUGUUCGGUUCCUCGGAGAGAUCCCAAUGAGCGGCAAAAAAAGUACCUCUGACAGCUACAAAGAAGGCUAUAAAGCGUGCCUGGACCGCGUGUCCGCUCUGCUGCCCCAAACCAGCAUGGACCAAGGCGCGUGCCAGCGCGUUAACCAGUUCAUCCAGCAGUCCUCCUCUGCCCCCAUCACCCCGACCUGCAGCAACUGCUGUUCCCAGAGCUCCAUGGCUCUCCCCCAGAUCCAGCAGAGACUCAUGAACCUCAAAUCCAGCUUGGGCCCCCGCGCGGGGCUCCAGUCCCCGAACCUCAACCACCGCGCCCAGCCGGCCCCACAAGCAGCCAGCCCCGACAUGUGGAGGCCCUGGUAGACUAGAAGCAACUUCAACCUUAUUUUGUUCUGAAACUGUAUGAUAUGUAGACUCCGUUUUGAGAUGGAGCCCCUGUAAAUAUGAAAAAAUAUUGUAUAUUUUAUCUGAUGAAACGGUGAAAUUUCAUCGUGAACAUCCAAGUUGAGUAUCGUAUACUUAGGCUUUGCGCACGAGUCUGUUGUCCGGCAUGUUGACACGUUUAGACAGUCGUAUUAUUUCGAAAUCUGCAUGUAUGUAUUAUUCUGUUCUGUAUUUAGUCUUCGUUAAUGACUAAAAUGAAUGAGGGCUAUGGAAAACGCCCCGUAAGACCCCGAGGGUCAUCCUAUGUAUGGAUUUGCAUUAUGGGAUGUCCAGCUCAUUGACAAUAAGCUGCGUCCCUGCGAAUUAUUGGUAAACAUAUUAAUUGUUAUGAUUAAGUAUCUCAAUUGAGAUGAGUGUUUAUCUUUGCUAUUAAUUGCAAACAUUGUACGUAUGCUUUAUUAUUAUAUCUCGUUUGAGAUGAUUCUGUUUUUGCAAUGUAUUGCAAACCCUGUAUAUUCAUAAUAUAUGGUUAUUAUAUCUCGUUUGA